AUGUCAACCUGGGGCCACUACUUCCGGGUGACCACCUAUGGCGAAUCUCAUUGCCGGUCUGUAGGAUGUAUCGUUGAUGGUGUUCCUCCUGGUCUGCAACUCACAGAGUCGGACAUCCAACCCCAGAUGACUAGGCGUCGUCCGGGACAGUCGGCCCUUACCACGCCGCGAAAUGAGAAAGAUCGUGUGGAGAUUCAUUCGGGCACGGAGUUCGGGAUUACGCUCGGCACCCCGAUUAUGUUGAUGGUGCGGAAUGAAGACCAGAGACCCAAAGACUACGGGAGCGGCACGAUGGAUAUGUUUCCCAGGCCUAGCCAUGCAGAUUUCACCUACCUGGAGAAGUAUGGGGUUAAGGCAAGUAGCGGAGGAGGGAGGAGCAGUGCAAGGGAGACGAUCGGCAGAGUAGCAGCGGGUGCUAUCGCCGAAAAAUACCUGUCGCUGGCCCAUGGUGUUGAAAUCGUGGCCUUCGUCUCGUCGGUUGGAGCCGAGUAUCUUUUCCCCCCCACACCUACUCACCCUAGUCCUGCCACGAACCCCGCUUUUCUCUCGUUAUUAUCGGAAAUCACCAGAGAGCAAGUCGAUUCGUUUGUCCCCGUGCGGUGCCCAGACGCAGAUGCCACCGUGCGAAUGACAAAGGUGAUCGAGAAACACCGUGACGCAAAGGAUAGUAUCGGAGGUACUGUUACCUGCGUGAUCCGGAACUGUCCUAUAGGUCUGGGCGAGCCAUGCUUUGAUAAACUCGAAGCAGAGCUUGCACAUGCCAUGCUGAGCAUUCCGGCCACCAAGGGCUUCGAGAUCGGUUCGGGCUUUGGAGGGUGUGAAAUAUCUGGAUCAAUCCACAACGAUCCAUUCAUUGCAGCACCCGAAGUCCUACCAGGACAGAAGACAUCUAAGCGCAAGCUGACGACAAAGACUAAUAACUCUGGAGGCAUCCAGGGAGGAAUUUCAAAUGGACAGGAUAUUUAUUUCAGAGUUGCCUUCAAACCCCCUGCUACAAUUGGCCAGGCGCAGCAGACAGCAACGUUCGAUGGAGAUGAAGGUGUGCUGGAGGCCAAAGGUCGACACGAUCCAUGCGUUGUGCCGAGAGCAGUGCCGAUUGUGGAGGCUAUGUCGGCUCUGGUGCUCAUGGAUGCUCUACUAGCCCAGCAAUCUCGAGAAACUGCCCGGAGUCUAUUACCACCCCUGAAGGCAGUAUUGCCGGCAAAAGGCAGCGGAACAACAGCGACAGCAGAGAAGGUAGCGGAACAUCUGAAUGGAGCUGCAGCUAGACAAUGA